UACCAGUCACGUGAUGUGCUGUCUGCGCUGGCUAUAUUUCAACGAUUUAUUUUCUCAAUCCCGAGAUCUGUCUUUAAGAAUUAUCUAGGGUUUAGUUAGGAUGACAGUACAGAUUAACACCAGCAGUUGUCAUGGGAACAUUGCUGAUAUCUACAUCACGGAGAUACCCAAUCAAAAAAUAAAUCGAUUCCAUUUGUACACUGACUAGCACGAUGCACCACAGCAAUCAUAGCCGAUGGAUGCUAAUGGGAGAUCUCAGUCUUUGAAGCCUGGAAGUGAAAAAAUAAAGAUGUAAAGGUGUGUGCGAACAGGUCAUUCAGAGCAGACAUUCUUCUGACCUUGAGCCAGCACUGCUUAUCAUGGAUAAAACACGUGUAAAAGAGAUGCACAGUUUUUGGGAACGCAAUGAAACCAAUCAGUCAAGCCCCAGCAAGAAACCUAAACCGCCAAAGCCUCAGAAUGCCAUGACUAUUGCCGUGUCCUCUCGUGCCCUCUUCAAUAUGGAUCUGGAGCAGGAGAUCUAUGAACAGCAGGGAAUGGAGGCAUAUCUGAGUUACCAGUUUCAACAUGAGACUGAGCCUUUUACUCCUGGACCUGCUUUUUCCUUCAUUAAGGCAGUGGAAGCAGUGAAUGCUAAGCUGAGGGAAUUGUAUCCAGACAGUGAAGAGCUCUUUGACGUGGUUCUGAUGACCAGCAAUCAUGCUAAUGUGGGACUUAGACUCAUCAACUCAAUUAACCACCACCAGCUGUUUAUAGAGCGCUUCUGCAUGACUGGUGGCAAAAGUCCUAUUGGCUAUCUGAAAGCCUACCAUACCAACCUUUACCUCUCUGCAGAUUCUAUGAAAGUAAGAGAAGCCAUUGAACAAGGAAUUGCAGCAGCAACAGUGUUCUCACCAGGAAAAAUAACAGAAGUUCCAGAGACUCAGCUGCGAGUGGCCUUUGAUGGAGAUGCUGUUCUCUUCUCAGAUGAAUCGGAGAGAAUCUACAAAGCUCAUGGAUUGGAUAAGUUCUUUGAGCACGAAAAGGCCCAUGAAAAUAAACCCCUUGAUCAUGGGCCACUGAAGGGAUUUUUGGAAGCCCUAGGGAAACUGCAACAGAAAUUUUAUGCCAAAGGUCAGCGAAUGGACUGUCCAAUUCGUACCUACUUGGUCACUGCUAGAAGUGCAGCCAGUUCAGGCACCCGGGCCCUAAAGACAUUACGUUCCUGGGGUCUGGAGAUAGAUGAGGCCCUUUUUCUUGCGGGGGCCCCCAAAGGCCCCAUGCUAGAAAAGAUUAAGCCUCAUAUCUUCUUUGAUGAUCAGAUGUUUCAUGUGGAAGGAGCAGCAGAACUUGGAACUGUGGCAGCUCAUGUUCCCUAUGGAAUUGCCCAGAGGUUUCCCUCAGGGAAGGAUGUUAAAAAGAAUGUGUCUUUCAAGCACCCAGAGUGAAUACUCAUCCAUUCUUGGUUAUAUUAGGACAUUUAAGUAGUUUUUACACACAAAUCUUACAAAAAAACUGGUGUGCAUCUUCAGACAAAACAAGGGCACUAAUAUAUGAUAAGAUACAUACAAGUACAAGGUGUUUUUAAAUGAAGGCAACUCAAACAUGCAUUUUAAGCGGCCAAAGAAACACUGAAAAUGCUGACAUAUUUAAAAUACAUCAGUGCCCUUUGUUUUGCCUCAAAAUGCACAAGUAAUAUUUUUAGUAAGGCAUGUUUGUUAAAACUAGUUAUAUUUCCUUAUUAAACUAAGGCCUAGUCCUGGCUUAAUCUCUGUAUGGGAAAUCACCCCUAUAUGUUUUCAUAACAGCUAUUAUCUAUUUUAAUUUUAGAAAGAAAUGCUGUUUUUCGUCAUAGAAAAAGCUUUAUUUAUAUUUUAAGUAUUCGAGGAUUUCAACUAACAUGUCACUAUUAGCUAUAAUGUUUUAGCCAUACCAGUUCUGAUAGUUCAAUAUAAAAGGGCUGUUUUACACGAAAUAUUAUUGCAUAAAGUGCUCUUCAACGUGUAUAUGAUUUAAAAGGGAUUGUCUGCAUGUAUCUAUGUACUGUAUAUUGUAUGUAUGUUGUAUUGUAAUGUUUGUGUUAUGUGAAAGUUUGUUUAAUUGCUACUGUAUGUAAUUGUUUCACUGUGUCCAGCGUGGAUUGAAACAGUGUUGCACUCAGGGCAUGCUUUGCAUUUUUCCACCACACCGCUGUUAAGAACAGUGAAAAGAGAAACUAUUUAUUGUCUAAAAUAAAAAGAUGAAAAAUUACUAAAGUCUUGGA